CUGAAAGCUCCGUUUCCAGAGAUGACAUUUCCAGUUUCUCAGCAUUGCUGUAGUGGUUGUGGCUAUGCUGUGGCAGAAUAGGAAUAACUUCUGGAACUGACCAAGGUUGUAAAAGGGUUGUGACACUUCAGGUUCUAUGUAAUCUCAUUGGGCAACAGCGUGGAACUCGUCUGUCCAAAAUGGUUUAUGGUGAAUUUUUCCGCAGACCUGGCAAAGAUGCAGAACUUAUCAAUUUGAACGUGGGUGGCUUUAAGCAAUCAGUGGAUCAAAGCACCUUGCUCCGAUUUCCCCAUACCAGACUUGGAAAACUUCUCAAAUGCCAUUCAGAAGAGGCUAUUCUAGAACUGUGUGAUGAUUAUAGUGUGGCAGACAAGGAAUAUUACUUUGACAGGAAUCCUUCCUUGUUCCGAUAUGUUCUGAACUUUUACUAUACAGGCAAACUUCACGUUAUGGAAGAACUUUGUGUCUUUUCCUUCUGCCAGGAAAUAGAGUACUGGGGAAUAAAUGAGCUGUUUAUUGAUUCCUGCUGCAGCAAUCGGUACCAAGAACGGAAGGAGGAAGGUCCUGAAAAAGACUGGGAUCAGAAGAGCAACGACAGUAUGGACUCCUCCAAUGAAGAGUCAUCCAUAUUUGACAAAGAGCUAGAAAAGUUUGAUCAUCUGUGUUUUGGUGAAAUAAGAAAGAAGAUCUGGGUCAGGAUGGAAAAUCCUGCAUAUUGCUUGUCUGCCAAGUUAAUUGCCGUGUCAUCCCUGAGUGUUGUUCUGGCAUCAAUUGUGGCCAUGUGCAUUCAUAGCAUGCCAGAAUUUCAAAGGCUGGAUGCCAAUGACAGGGAGAUUGGAGACCCUGUGCUGGAAGCUGUGGAGAUUACAUGCAUCAUCUGGUUUACUGCUGAGCUAGUGAUCAGGCUCUUCACUGCUCCAAGUCAAAAGAAAUUCUGGAAGAAACCACUGAACAUCAUUGAUUUUGUCUCUAUUAUCCCAUUUUAUGCCACACUGGCUGUGGACACGAAGGAAGAAGAAAGUGAAGAUAUUGAGAACAUGGGGAAAGUGGUUCAGAUCCUGCGGUUAAUGAGGAUAUUUCGCAUCCUGAAACUGGCCAGGCACUCCGUAGGACUGCGGUCUUUGGGCGCCACUUUGAGACACAGCUACCAAGAAGUUGGACUUCUGCUUUUGUUUCUGUCAGUUGGGAUUUCUAUUUUUUCAGUGCUUGUCUACUCAGUGGAGAAAGAUGAUGACUCAUCAGAACUGCAGAGCAUCCCUAUUUGCUGGUGGUGGGCAACCAUCAGCAUGACCACUGUUGGUUAUGGGGACACUUACCCGGUCACACUUGCUGGAAAGCUGCUCGGCACCCUCUGCAUUAUCUGUGGGAUUCUGGUGGUAGCACUUCCCAUCACCAUUAUUUUCAAUAAGUUUUCUAAGUACUACCAAAAGCAAAAAGCUAUUGAUAGAGACCAGUGCAGCAAUGAUCGCAAAGAGAAAAGCAAUGACCUACCCUAUUUUAACAUUAGGGAUAUAUAUGCAAAAAAGAUGCACUCCUUCAUUUCUAGCCUUUCUUCAGUAGGAAUUGUAGUCAGCGACCAAGAGUCAACAGAUGCCUCCAGUAUCCAAGAUAUGGAGGAUGUUUAUAACACAGUAUCUUUAGAGAAUGGUACAGGAAAAUGAGUUGAAUCAUGUUUGCUUCUCUUUAUUUCUCUGCUGAUUCUUGGUAAAUGUGGACUGACAAACUUCAGUGAAUUCAUGAAGAGCAGUUGAUUCUCAGGGUACUUAACUCUCAGCCAUAUUUGGACAUUCUUUGCUCUGAGGAUGCCAUAAAAGCUUCAUUGUUUAUAUGAGGCUUUAAAAUAUGCCUCAUACAGUGGUUUAGUUUUUACACAACUAGUGUUAUGCAUUUUUGGGGACAAAAGCUGGGAAAAGAGUUUCACAUGUGAGAUAAGUGGGUGUUUUUUGGUUUGCGGGUAUUAUUGUUUGAUUUGUUAAUUGUUUUUUCCCCUGCAGCAGUCUCAUAUCUUACACAGAAUUUGCUUUGAUAACUUGCUGCUCUUCAGGUAGAGAUAUAUUAAAAAUGUGUAAGAAAUAUUGCACAAGUUAGUGAAGUUUUCACCUGCAAAUACAUUAGGUAAUUGAAGGAAUUGUAUACAUGUAAAACUGUGGUUGCUAACACACUGAUGUAAUUUUAGAGUUGGGAACCUGUUUCCUAAGUUGGGGCAGAAAAUAUAUUCAUACAUAUUGUUUUUACUCCAUGGAAGCAUAAUAUUUAUUAAUUUCUUUCCAAAAGCACAAUACAUUUUUAGUUUGUUAAAAUAAAUUAUUCCCAUUGUGCCUGUAUUUUUCUUAGGAUCCAGCCAUGGCCAAGCUCUAUUAGGUCCUAAAGGUUUUUAGUCAUAAGUCCCAGGAUGAAAGCAGGAUAGGAGCUUUUUGUACCAUUUAGCCACCUCUCCAGCUGUUGUGACCCUGAGCAAUUCUGGUACCUGGAGGGGAUCCUGCUGUGGUUAAGGCCACCCCGGUGGCUUCCCCAGGGAGUUUUGACUUGUGGGCACUGAAGCAAACAUCUGUGGUGGUCUUUAGAAGUUCCUGCUCCCCACUGGCAGCACAGCUGCCCCUUGCUGGGGGCUGCUGCCUCAGUGGUGGGAGCAGUGGGAGCAGCAGCUCGGUUGCUGUGCUGGGUCCCUGUCCAGGGCUGAAGUGCCAAGCAGCAGAGAUGUGAGGACGUGCUCAUCUCUGCCAUAUGCUGCCCAUCAGAGAUGUAGGGUGGGAAUUGCACCUGGGCAUCUGUAUUCAGCUCAUUUUUUCCAAAGCUCAUCUGUUGGUGGUGGCAGCUUUCCUGGUGUGUGCUGUGUGCUGGAGCAGUGCUCGUUGCUUGGCAGAGUCCUGCAGCUCUGUGCAUUCCCCUCCUCUCCAGGGAUUUCCUAAGCAGCCAGCUAGCUCUGCUCUGUUUCCAGCAGUUCUGGAGAGGCUCAAGGACUUUAGAGUGUCAUGUGGACCAUAUAGUCCUCAGUGUUUCUGAACACUCAUUUUCUUUCAUUUGUCUAGUGACUAAAUCAGACGCUGGGCAACAGAGAAUCGAAGACACUGUGAUGUUGAUAUUCGCCUUGAAGAGAGGUUUGACUAUUUUAUUUUUUUAAAUAUUAUUGGGUCAAAUAUGGAAGCCUGUACUGAACUUCUAUUCAAGAAGAUCAAACUCCAUAGGAAUUGACUUCAGAACUGAGUAAGAUGCCAGAAAAUGACAAUUGAUUUUGGCCACUGCAGACACUUGAUUUUUCAUGUAUCUGCCAGAUUUUCUAUUGCAAAAUGCAUUAAGUAAGUAACUGAGGUGCACUUAAAUUUACUAAGGCACAGAGCUCUAACCUCUUUCUGAGAUGGAGAAACAAGAAAACAGUAUCAACCUAUACAUUGUAAAGAUGUGUCUCUCAGGACUGCUGUGCAUCAAUAUAGUGAUGUGGAACCUAAAGAAAAUAUUUUGAGCUUUGGAGGAACCUCAAAAUUUGGUUUGUUACUUGCUGACUGUUGUAAGGGUAUGUGAUGCUUCACAGACAAUUAAAGCUAAUUCUUCCCAUAUUUUUUGUAGGAAUAGCAAAAGGUAAAGUUAGCCUAAAUGUGAUUUGUUCUUGCUCAACAAUUAACAUUAAAAAGAUGUAAUGAUACAAAAUACAAAAUACAUAUGUGCAUAUGAAUCUAAUAGGAACCAGCAGAAUAACAGCAAAAAAGAGAAUAGAGCAAAAAAGUUACUCUCUGUCCAAAGAAAACCUCUUGGUGGUGUCCAUGUAAAGAUAUAUUUAUGUAUAUAUUGCAUUGCCACUGAAGAUCAAAAGCAAUGAAAAAUACUGUAA